AUGGAAAAGUCUACCGGCAGCACCAUCAGCAAAGCCCCUUUUGAAGAAGCCCUCAGGAACAUCUGGCGGGAUGACAAGCUCCAAGACAUCACUUUGAAGGGAAACGAUGGUGUUUUAGUCCCAGCCAACCGUGCAGUCCUUGCGGUCAGAAGCAAAGUGUUUCAUCGCCUGUUCUUUGGUGAAUUCCGAGAGGCAUCCCUUGAUUGUGUUGAGGUUGCGUUUCCUGGAGAUGUGGUUAAGACUGUGGUUGAAUAUGUCCACACAAACUCUGCAGAGAUUCUUCGAAAGUGGAAAUUUUUCAGCUUUGAAGACGAUGCCCCCUACAAUUCCCUUGAAAUCAGAGUGCUGGUUUCACUGGCAGAUGCUGCUGCAUAUUACGAUCUACCAGGCCUUGCUGAGGCUGUCCUUGAUGCAAUGACCUUCAUUUCAAAACUAUGGCCAUGUCUUUCAUUGCUUGCUCUAGAAGCCUGUGUGAAGACAGGUCCUUCAGUUCCCGAGCUGACAGACAAGGUUCUCACUGGUGUGCGAUCCUACUCCAAUGGUGAUCUUGAAGCAAAGCAUCUUGCCAGUCUCAGUUCUGAUGUGAUGGUUCUACUACUCAAGGACACAGAGAUGCAAGUGACUGAAUACCAACUGUUUCAGCUGCUGAGUCUGUGGACAGAGGCAGGAUACCUUUCUGUUGAUGAGAAAGCUUCGCGUUGUCAGGAAGCUUCACACCUUUCCAAGCAUAUUGACCUUGGUAAAAUUGCAUUUCAGCACCUGUCAACAACAGUCACAGAUUCUGGUCUGGUAACAAAAGAUCAACUUUUUGAAGCCUACAAGACCCAAGCCCAAGCAGCACAAGAUGGCUCAGGUUUGCCAGACUUUGAAGACCCACGUUUUCAGCAAUGGGCCAGCUCAUUGCCUGCCAAUGAAGAACUUCCACGUGAAAUUAAAGUGGAAGGGGCUCAAUCAGGAGAAAUCAACGGUGUCUAUGGGCGUUCAGGACGAAUGAAUGGUGCUCCCUCUUUCACAUUGAACAGCAAACACAAUGGGAAGGACUGCACAAUCACAAUGUUCAGGCAACAUUAUUUAGAUGGUGAUUUUUGCUGGUUUCUUUCUAUCCUACAGCCAGGAAGCAGCAAUGACGUUCGACACUACAGGUCUUCGUAUCAAAAGAUUGGCACUGACAUUCCGCCGGCCGACACAUGGAUUUGUUGCUCCAAAACUGUUGGAACAGACCCACCCAAGGUUCUCUACAAGAAGCGUUGCCCACGAAAUCAAUUUCUCUCUUUCACUUCUUUUGAGCAGGCUGCUAGCUAACAAAAGGCAAGCUGAGAAUCGCAUUCCUCUGCAAAUUUGGUUUCACUUCUCUCAAACACUGCUCCCGAACACUUCUCCUGAACACUUCUCCUGAACACUUCCCCCGAACACUUUUAGUGUUGUAUUAGUAUUACAUCAGUUGACAGUCUUUUAGUAUUUUGCAGAGAAUUUUCGUUGAUGAUUUUUGUACCUGCGCACCGCAC